AUGGAUGUAAUUUACAAUGACCAGACGGCAUUUGAUGCGGCAGCUAAUGGCGAUUUUCCUCUUGUCGUGCUGCUCUGGGGUAUGGCCAUGGCCGUACAACCUGUACCUGUGGAUCUUCUUGUAGCUCAGGACAAAUGUGGCAAUACAUUGAUACAUUAUACGGCAGCAGGCGAGGAAGACACCUGCGAUACGAUGCAUUUUUUAAUUCAGCAGAUACAGGCUAGUAAUCGACGAAAAGAGCUGAUGGAUGCUAAAAAUGACGAAGGAGAAACGCCACUCAUAAGAGCAGCCCAUGCUGGAAAUAUGCGGAUCGCGGAUACUUUAUUACGCUCGGGAUACGUCGAUCUCCUGGCUCAAGACGCUCGGGGCAACUCUGCAGCUCAUCAUGCUGCGGCACAAGGCCAUUUGGGGAUGCUACAUUUUUUACUUGAAGCUGAAAAGAAAUGGAAUGAAGCACCAUUGAAAAAGAAGCAGGAAGUGAAACAAACGAAGCCGGGUGGUUACUCACUGCAACGCCGUAACGUGCUGCACUAUGCCUGCAUGAGCGAGUAUAAACCUAUGGUGCAGUACUUGCUGAUCAGAGACUUUGACGCGGCAGAGGCCGAUGCGAAAGGGACGACGUGUUUGGAUAUUGCAAAGCAGCGUAAAUUGCUGUGGUUAGAACAAUUGCUGACAGAUAAAGAUAAAGCGUCUGACCCGCCUACACAUAUUCGCAAGACACGGGGCAUUGCGGCGAUAUUUCAUGGUGUACUGCUACUGGCAAUUUUGGUGACAUCUUAUUGGCUUGUGUGGUGGUUAGCGCUACCUUUGAUCGUCGUUGCGCUAGGUAUCUCACUGCUAGCGUUUCACCAAAUGAAUCAUUCGCAUGGCGGGCAUUCCCACGGCGCAGCCCUCAAGAAUUUCGCCUCCAUGCAUCCGUCCAAGCGAAAUGUUCAUGUGGCAAUGAAUGUGUCACUUGAGCAAAAAGAAGAAGGUUGUAAGGAUGUUAUGACUGCUUGGAACACAACAGAUAGGGACAAGAGGAGUGUGGUGUUGCACGCGUUGACGCGAGCACAGCCCGAGUCAGCUAUGGGGAUCUGGAUAGCAUGGGUCGGUCUGUUUACAAUGCUGUACAUAGUACUUUGGGUUGAUCCAACGUACGCGAAUUUUGUGGACAGUCACACAGUUCUUCUAAGUAUCACUGGUGUAAUGGAAGCAUCGCUCUUGAUGGUUUGGGUAAGAUUAGCUUUCUUAUGCCCGAUAGACCCAGGUAGAGUCUCUACUUACGAGCAUGAUGUGAAGGCAAUGCUGGAUAAGGCAUCGCGAGCUGAGUUACCCGAUACGACUAAGUUUUGCCGCACGUGUUUGGUCAUGAAGCCUAUUCGCUCCAAGCAUUGCGCCCAAUGUGGUAUAUGCAUCGCCCGUUAUGACCACCACUGCGCCUGGAUCAAUCGUUGCGUUGGGUACAGCAACCACCGGCUCUUUUUCUUCUUCGUGCUCUUGCAUUGUGUUGCACUAGGUUUUUUCGCUACAUUGACGAUGAUCGUUUUGGCUGAUGCAACGUACGAUUUUCACGCCGAGCGAGUGAGGGCAACCGUAAGUGGCAACAAUGACAGUUUAUCAGCGAUGGACAUUUGGGUGGAGAUUCCUUCGCUUCUUAGCAUGCACCUGUUGGUUGUCAUGGUAAUGGUGGUGUCUUUCGCGACCUUUGUGGCUCUUGCCAUGAUGUUAUAUCAGCACAUAAUUAACAUCGCGAAGAAUCUCACAAUUAACGAGCAGAUGAAUUGGCGACGAUACGCAUACAUGACCCAGAAACCAGCAUCUUCAUCGAUUGUUAGCGAGAGCAGCAAGCACUCUGCGAGUGAGACAAUGUCGAAUCCUUUCGACCGAGGGGUUAAGAUGAAUGUGCUCGAAUUUUUUUUCCGCUCGGGUGUUUAUGCUGUCGACUAUUACAAAGUAUUCAAUGUCUCGGCUCGAGAUUUUAGUUAUUCGAGCCAGGUCUCUAUAUCUGCAGAAGAGAUGGCUGAAUCAUUGGAUACAGCCAGGGAUAACAAUGACUUUAAUGAUUGUGUGUAG